AGUGUGGACGGCGCGAAUGCAUGUUGUUUUUGUUUCCUCGUCUAAUGUGCAGUUUGGAGUGUAUAUUGAGAAAUCUAAGCAUGGGUGUGUGAUUGCUGGUGGCGCAGUGUAACAUUCGAAGCCCAGUUGUAGAAUGCAUUCUACGCAAGAGGCAGGACACUGAUGUCCUCAAUGCCUUUUUCGUAACGAGUUCGAGUUACUUGUGUUUAGUGAGUGUGUCAGUCUUCCCGCCUGCACUAUUGAAUGCAGAAGAAAGGAGAGGUGAUCGUUGAAUCUAGUUUUCGUCCAUUUCACACCCAGUUUGCAAAAUGUCGAAGGAUAUCCGUUCUUUCUUCUCCGUCCAAUCUUCCAAGAAAGGCAGUAGUACGUCAGAGGUGAAGAAGAAGGAUGCUCAAUCAAGCAGCAGCAAGAAGAAGCGAAAUGUCAUCGAAUCAGAUUCUGAUGAAGAGGUGUUCGAAGUCAAGAAGAAGACCAAGAAAUCUCCUUCACCUGACAAGAAGAAACCUAAAAUUGAACCGAAACUAGUGAGUGCUGCUGAUAUUUUUGGAUCAAGCACUGUGAAAAGAACAGCUCGUGAAAACUCCAAGAAAAGCUCUGAAUUUCACAAUGACCCAGAUUUUGACAAAGCCUUACAAGAUUUGGAUGAAUCAAACUGGAUGGACAUUGACUCCAAUAAUGCAGUCAAAGAGACCUCUCAACUGAAAGCAGGCAAAGAGGCAUCUUCAUCUAAAGCAGUCAAAGAAGCAUCCUCAUCUCAUGGGAAAGCUGAUUCAUCUCCUAAAGGACCAUCAAAGAGUCCCUCUAAGAGUCCUUACUUUUCCAAAGAAAAGGUCGUUUCAAAAUCAUCUGAGGAGAGAAACUUGAAUGCCUUUCUGGGAAAGCCAAGUACAGUUACAGAAGAUGACAAUAAGUCCAAUGUUAAAAAGAUUAAACUCGAAAAAGAUGCUGACUAUGUUUCAAAAGCAAGUCAGAAAAUUUCAGAUAGUAGCCCCAUUAAGAUCAAAAAAGAAAAGGAAGAUAAGGAGAUAGCUCUGGUCGUUAAAAAGGAAAUACAAGAAGCUGGGCCUUCUAAAGUAAAAAUUGAAAAGAAGUCUCCUGAGACUUCUAAAAAUCAGCCUAAGAAAGUGGAAAUAGAGAUUCCAGAGAAAGAUACGAAACCAAGGCUAGAGCCCUCUCCUCCAUCUUACAUGUGGGUAGACAAGUACAAGCCAUCUUCAAUCAAGAACAUAAUUGGUCAGCAAGGAGACAACAGCAAUGUGAAGAAACUCAUUCGAUGGCUCUCUUCAUGGCACUCAAAUCAUGGACCUGGAGUUAACAAAAAGCAUAAUCGUCCAGCUCCAUGGGCGAAAGAUGAUUCUGGAGCAUUCUUCAAAGCUGCCUUGCUGUCAGGUCCCCCUGGUGUAGGAAAAACAACAACUGCCCAUCUUGUUUGUAAAGAAGUUGGUAUGGAUGUGGUAGAAUUUAAUGCAUCAGACACACGGUCACAAAAACUUAUGAGUAAGGAAGUGAGUGAAUUGCUAUCUAGCAAGUCUUUACUUCCGUUUUUCCAAAGUGGUGGAGAUUCCAAAACAUCUGAAAGACAUGUUCUGGUGAUGGACGAGGUUGAUGGAAUGGCGGGUAAUGAAGAUAGAGGUGGCGUUGCGGAGCUCAUAACUCUAAUCAAAAACUCAAAAUGCCCUGUCAUCUGCAUGUGCAAUGAUCGUAAUCAUCCAAAAAUCCGUAGCCUCGCUGGACACUGUUUUGACCUCAGAUUUCAUAAACCUCGUGUAGAACAAAUUAGGGGAGCAAUGAUGUCUGUGUGCUUUAAGGAAAAAGUUAAGAUAUCACCCCAAGCUUUAGAUGAAGUCAUUGCUGGGACAAACUUUGACAUCCGUCAGAUACUGCACAAUCUCUCCAUGUGGAGCAGUACCGAAAAAGUUCUGAAUGGUGAUCAAGUAAAGGCUGAUGCCAAUACUGCGAAGAAAAACAUCAAACUGGGACCAUGGGAUGCUGUACGCAAAAUAUUUUCUAGUGAUGACCAUAAAUCUAUGACCAUAAUGGACAAGUCAGAUCUAUUUUUCCACGAUUAUAAUCUUCUGCCCCUAUUUGUACAAGAGAAUUACCUCAAUGUUGCACCUCAUGCUGCCAAGAAACAAACCGAUACCUUGCGUCAUAUUGCAAGGGCUGCUGCAAGUAUCAGCUAUGGAGAUUUGAUAGAAAAGACUAUCCGAAGCACUAACAGCUGGAGCUUAUUGCCAGUUCAGGCUAUCUACUCUAGUGUGGUUCCUGGUGAUUGGAUGGAAGGUCAUUUUAAAGCUCAAAUUCAAUUUCCCUCUUGGCUAGGCAAGAACUCAAGAGGUGGUAAAAUGAAUCGUUUGAUUCAAGAAUUGCAACUACACAUGCGGCUAAGUAUUUCUGGAGGAAAAGAAGCUGUAAAUCUGAACUACCUGGAGCCUAUUUUAAAGGCAGUAAUUCACCCAUUAGUUGAGGAAGGUUCUCAGGGAGUACCUAAAACUCUUCAAGCCAUGCAAGACUAUUACAUUACUAGGGAUGACCUGGAAAGCUUAUUGGAGCUGAGCCGGUGGCCCGGUCGGCCUGACCCAAUGGCUCCAGUUGAUAGCAAGGUAAAGGCUGCUCUAACAAGGGCAUACAACAAAGGUGGAGUCAUGACUCCUUAUGCCCUGGAUGCUCCCAUAAAGAAGAAGAGAGCCACAGGAGGAGGGGAAGAAGGGUAUGAAGAAGAGGAGGGGGAGGAGGGUAGUGCAAGUGAAUCUGAGGAUGAUGCAGCUGAUGCUAUGAUUAAGGCCAAGAAGAUAGAGAAAAAAGAUAAGAAAGAUGCACGAGGGACCAGUGCGUCAUCAAGUCAAGCCUCAACCUCGGGUCGAGGAUCCCGAGGAGGUGCAAGAGGCGGCAGGGGCAGGGGAGGGGGAAAAAAUGAGAGAAUCAGACUGUCACAAGAGUUGUCUCUUUUGUCGUCAAAAUGGUGGUCUCCUGCAUCCUUAAGUGUCAAUGGUUAUCUCAAAUCAGGUGCUGUGAUAGCAUUUAAUUUACAGUUAUUUUUAAUCAGAGAAGAUCAAACUUGCAUCUCAUUUUAAUUAACAGAAAUGAUUUUUGUUGAUGAAAUCCAUUAUUGCUGAAA